AUGGGUUCUUCCUUUCCCUUCACUCCGCCUUCUACUUUUGUUGACUUACUCACGAGUCAACAAGAAAAUUUCUUGUCCUUUCCAGCCGUUGAUCUUGGUUCUUCCCAAGCCUCCAUCUUCAGUUCUCAGACCGAGGAGACACCUGCAGAGAAGAAGGAACGCCGAACAUGGACUCCAGCCGAAGAUUUGUUGCUCAUAAGCUCAUGGCUCAACACGAGCAAAGAUCCUGUGGUUGCUAACGAGCAGAAGAACAGCACGUUUUGGUCGCGCAUAGCAGACUAUUUCGGUGCAUCUCCACUGGCGGUUGGAAGAGAGAUCCGCGGGCCUAUGCAGUGCAAGCAGCGUUGGCAAAAAAUCAAAGAGAACCUCUGCAAGUUCUCUGGGGCAUACGCGGCUGCAUUGAGGGCUAAAGCAAGUGGGAUGAACGAGAAUGAUGUGUUGAAAAUGGCUCAUGAGAUUUUCUUUACUGACCAUAAGAAGAAGUUUACGAUGGACCAUGCGUGGCAGGAGCUCUGUUACGAUCAAAAGUGGUGUGAACUGACUGCAGCUAAAACAGAUGGAAAGAAGAAAAGGAGGAGGUCUCAAGACGGCACCUAG